AUGGAUGGAUUUGGUGUACGGUGGGCGGAACCACCUCCGGCCGAAUUAUGGUCCAGGAUACCGCAAGUCAAGUCUCCCACGGACGGAGGAUUUGAUUUCCAAGGGAACAGUUCCUCUGCGUUUAUCAAUGAGUUGAGAUUUGCUGCUUCAAAAUCGGUGCGGACAUCUUUUGUUAUUUUGGCAAGUUUCAAUGCGUUAGCGGGUGCGACGACUGCAGCGGGUAUUUAUUGGGAUUGUUACAUGAGUUUGAAGAGAAAGGACCCAGACUUGCGGCUGAAAUCUUCGUUUUGGAGGAUAAUUGGCCCUGCUGAAAUCUUCCCAUUUGCGUUGUCAGUGGGUAUUGUGGUGCAAGGGAUCAUAUUCGCAGCCAUUCAAUCAUUUGGUUUGCAAGGCCUUUUGAUUCUAGGUUGUGAGCCUCUUUCACAAGUCAUGCUGCCAGCUUUCUUCAUUGUACCGUUCAUACAAUUCACGUUUGGACUCGAGGCAGCAGUCCAAGCCGUUCGCCUGUACCAUCCAUUCUCACCACGCCACAAAUGGAGUAUCCCUGCCUGUCUGGCUCUUACAACAGUUGGCCUGAUUGCGGCGUACGUGCUGACUCGAUUUGUGCUACCGGCCAACUUUUGCUUCGCCUCUCUCGUCUUCUUUCUCCGCAGAUGGGGACUCGGCUGCUUUGGUAUCAUUGUUGGAAUCGCAGCCACUUUGCUCAUGGGAAGUGCCACCGCAUUCUACCGAUUAUAUCAAAUCUCAGGUAUCGCUGAGCAGCAGAGAAUAACCGCAACUUGGAUGGCGUGGUUCAUGGCUAUGGGCGCACUGAUGCUGUCCAUCAUGGCACCCUUCUUUUAUGUCGUAGCCACAGACGAGUCCCCCAAUGCUACAACUGUCCAGUCGCAAUUCUCCAUGGCUACGGUUGUGGUGGCCAAUCUGACAGGACUCAUGACUGGGGGAAUGUACGUGCUCCUGCGGUCAAGUAGAAUUGGCAAGAUUGGUCCCAAGGGCUACUACGAAUUUGACUCGCGACGGUCCGUCAGGCGUCCCAAGACGACCGUUCCUCAUAGCUUCAUCUUCACAAGACAAAUGGAGCAGCCUGUGCCACCGCCUGCACAGCUACCUCAGCGUCGAGCCAGCAGCUUCUACACUGCACAAGACGUGGAACUUGGAGUCGGUGCCGCCAACGCCAUGCCCCUGAACGAAGCACAAAAGACGGACGCUCUACCUGACGCUUCCACAGUUGGUGUUGCAACAACCACUCUUGGCCCGGUUCCGUCGCAGGAGCCACUGCCACGGAAGAGCUCUGCAUACAACCUCUUCCCCCGAGACACGGCGCCGGAUCCCAAGUCCAUGUACCUCCUCCCCGCCACAGCCUACAUGCCUGCAAACAACGACAAGGCCCUCAACCCCUUUGCCGACGAGCUACCUGCCCCUCCUACCAUCCGCUUCUCGGGUAGCAGACACAACCGAGACUCAUCGCUUGGGUCAUCCGCCACCGUCCCAAUCGGCAUACGAGUCUCCAACAUUAACGACAUGCCUCCCGGGCAGUCUUUCUACCAAGUUCCACCUCCUCCUCGAGCUACACGUCCAAGUCGACCCGUCUCAAGGGUCCCCGUUGCCGCAAUCCCCGACAGACUCAUCAUUCCAGACGACGAGGCCAAUCCCGAAAACAAGGACAAACAACUCCCCCCCGUACCCCUAGCUUUAAUGAAGAAGGAAGCCGAGAAGGAAGUCAAAGACGAUGAAAUCCGUCUCAGCCCCACCGUGUACAGUCCCAAAAGAACACCAAGCAAAGGAAAAGGCAAAGCUAGCAGUCCAACAGCACCACCCCCUGGUCCGCGACACUCGCCAGAGAGUUAUGGACGCGUCGAUGAAGCAGAGUGGAUUUAA